AUGAAUACGGUAAGAACAAUUAUGAAUUUCCUUUAUGUUCCAGUUGGAAUUCCUGGUACCGAGUGUCUUUUUGGUGGAAUCUGCUCCGGAGGCUCCGUGUGCAUAGACGUUCUUUGUCUUUGUGUUGAUGGGGAACGAGAGUUCAAUGGAAAAUGUGUAGAGAAGUCUGUGUAUGACUCAAAAACUAAGGAAUCUGAAUCCUUUCAAGAUGACAAGCCUGAAAGGCUGCCAACAAUUGGUUUAGCUGGACAUCCCUGCGGUCAAGGAGGCGUCUGUAGACCGUCGACAAAAUGUAUCGAAGGAACUUGUAAAUGCCGUCAAGGUUAUAAUCCGUCUUUUGGAGAAUGCGUUCGUGAUUUGAACGGUAAGUAUUGGGAAGAUUGA